AUGUCAAGACCUCCCAUUUUGAUUAAAGAUUUGGUCAAGGGAAGUCAAGUCUGGAAAAUGCACAUUAGGGUGGUUGAUGUGUGGGUUGUUAUUGAGAAAAAUGGGAACAAACACCUUGAAGCAGUCAUUCAGGAUGUAAAGGGUGACAAGAUUCAUGUAACCACUUGGGGGAGAGACUUCCAAGAUUGGAUUGAAGUAGUCAAGGAGCAUGAGACGUAUUUCCUUUAUAAUGGAGAGCCAGUUGACAACGACGGCCCUUUCAAAGUGACUGCUAACCCACUGAAACUCAUAUUCAAUGGAGGUACUACCAUGUCUCAAGUUGCGAUACCGGAGAUACCAAGUCACAGCUACACUUUCCACCCUAUUGAGAGCUUUCUCAAAGCUGACUUCAAGCAUGACCAGUUGUAUGAUCUCUGCAUACUUUACGUAUCAGAUGUCAUUGGUGUGUUACAAGAUGUUUUAAAAACCCAAGUGGGAGGUGGCGGUAGGAAAUCUUGUGUCAAUAUCUCUUUGCGUGAUGUACAAGGCAAUGUGAUCGAGCUGGUUUUAUGGGAGGAUUACGCCAAACAGUUCAACAAAUACACUACCCCUAACAACUUUGCCGGUCCUACUAUAAUUGUUUUGACACAUGCAUGGUGCAAGCCUAACACAGUUUCGGGUUUACCAAGUCUUUCCAACGCAUGGAACGGUUCUAAACUUUACAUCAACUUGGACCAUCCACAAGUCCAUGAGUUCAAAGCUAGUUUUGGAUCCAACUUACCUGCUGCUUCCCAGUCGAUGACUGGCGAUUCAUCUGUUCAAUCUAAUAACAAUUUCUGGACCAAAUUGUCUGAGGUCAAGAGUAUCGGUGCGGACUGUUAUGCAACAACCAUUGGAACUACUACUGGUUUUAAUGCCUCCCGGUCUGGAUGGUAUUUUGAAUCCAAUGGAAAUACGGAUGCCGAACGCAAUACAAAAUUCAAACUUGAAGUUGAGGUGGAGUAUGAUAACCAAAACGGGGUUUUUGUUUUUUGGGAUAAGGAUGUGAUUCCUUAUACUAAACACACAGCUACCGAAUUAAGAGAAAUCAUGAAGAAGGCCGGAGAGGACAAUCCUAAGAUUUGGCCUACUCACUUAGAUGCGUUGUUGAAUAGACAAAUGGUGUUUCGUAUCAAGUAUCAAUCCCAAUUUCGACGAUUCUCUAUCGUAAAGAUACUUAACGAAGAGGGCCUUUACGAUAAGUUUGACACCUACCUCAAAACUAAUGAGGUAACUACUGCUGCUGAUUUGGAAGUGGACACAACUUCUCCAUCUCUUAUUCCAACCCAAGUCACACAAACUUGCGAACCAUCGAUCAUUGCUCUAACAGAUUCUGCUACUGACCAUAAGGGCAGUCCUUCUGCAAGCUGCAGCAGUACUCCUGCCAAGAGGGUCGCAACGUCAACCUCAAUUAACGAGCUUAUCCAGGCUGAAGAGCUCACUCCUAAGCAAUCGGCCACUAAGUCAAAGAAUGGAAAAAAGACAAAGCAACUAAAAAAUGACUGA